AUGUAUAUGUAUACCUCUGGGGCGCUACGCAAGUGUGAAGAGGGUCAAAUACCUACGUCGCCAUCACCACGUCGCAGGUCUAGUGUAGGUGGGCGAGGAGUGAGGCGAGACUCUUUGGAAGGUAGCUAUUCUAUGCGGCAGCGAUCACAAUCUCCUGCUAACAGGGAUCCUUCUGGCUUCUUACGUUUAGGAUCUGCGAGAUUCACUUCUGGAAAAUGGGGACCAUCAUGCAGCUUUCGAGAUGAGCAAGCAGCGUGGCGUGAUGACUCCUCGGAAGUUAGUGAUGAGGGCUACAAAAGUCAAGGCAACACUGCUUCACGCUCAUUACCAAGAACGCGCAAACCAACACCCAAGAAAAAUCUUGAUAUGGAUACAACUGAGAUGAUAGAACGGCCAGAAUCAUCCAUGACACAAAUGUCCUCAGAGGGAUCAUCCAUGUCAACAGAGGAGUCAGUUAACACUCCUCCACGUUCUCCAACAAACGCCAUUGCCACUCCUCAUUACCCACUAGCAGAUGCUACCAAUACUUGGUCACCACCUUCACAAAGUAAACAUAAGAAUUCCAGCAAUAUACCUAAAUCAAAAAUACCUUUCAUUGAUUCUCUAAAGGGCCCAUUUAUGGGUAGUAAGAAAUCAAAGAAAACUUCGCUUCCUGAAGAAAAAUCCCCAUCAAAACCUGCUUGGAAUUCAGGACCUGGAUUGCGUCGGAAUAGUGAGGAUCGUGGGAGUCGUGUUAUAAGUCGCAGUCGAAGUGCUACUAGUGAGGGUGGAUUAAUGAUGCUAGGCAGAGAAUCUCCUUCACGUAUGUCCCACAGACCAACAGCAAGGCGACCAUCUCUCUCUGGUGGACCACAAGAUAAAAAUACUUGGAAUGGCAGAGCUUCACGGGAACAGCCACGCCUCACAGCAGAUACCUAUAAACCACCAACCCCUCGCACUGUACGUUCAGCGUCUGCAUCUCCAGCAACCACACGUCGACAUUUUGGGCAUUCAGCCCCAGCCACACCCUUAAAUCGAUCACCAAAGCGUUCAGCACCAGGAUCCACUCUCGCAUCACCAACUACUAGUGGCCCAGUGCUUAAACAGCUUGCUGAUCUUGAACCAGAUGAGAAUACUCUCCUCUGCAUUAAAGACAUAUAUGACUCACUUAGGGCAAAAGUGUGUGAGAGCUUAGCAGCAGAAGGUAAGUCACUGCCACCAGAACUAGCUCAAGAAUAUACAUCUUCCUGGGUAAAUGCACAUGUAUCUAGUAGCGGAAGUCAGAGUUUAGAUCCAAAAAUAAAUUUAAAUGUUGGUACUACCAGCCCCACUAGUUCUCUCAAGGUUGCACCGAGAAAGUCUGGUGUCGGGUCUCGCAUUCCUGCACCAACAUUCUUUAUGUCCCGCCAGACAGAAAUAUAGCAGUGACAUUUUUUUU